AUGAUCUAUCUCGAUUUGUAUCUGGUUGUCCAAUCUGGUCAGAAUCUACCCAUUCUAACCUCUUCAGUGAAUCCGCAGCGUUCCACAAUAGUUGGCAACCUUCCUUCAACUAUUAAAGAUGACAAACUUCCAUUCCAUUCUUUCUUGAAUGGGGCUCUUCAUUGGCUUACUUUCACCCAAGAUAGUCCCGACUUCAUUCGUUGUUUUGAUUUUGGGUCUGAGCAGUUUCGGGUUGUUCUUGAACCUCCUGAGUGUGGUCUGCCUAGGAAGAAUUUUAUGGGUUUUGUACGUGUGGGUGUGUUAAGAGAUAGUCGCUAUAUUAGUGAUUUUUCUAAUCCCUUUCAUUGGGAUAUAUGGAUAAUGAAAGAUUAUGGCAUUAAGGAGUCUUGGAGCAAACAGUUCGUCAUUGGGAAUGUGACUAGUAAGAGAGGGUAUGGUGACUAUUAUGAAACAAUUAUGAUUCUAAAGAAUGGUGAAAUUUUGAUGCUUGUUAACAAGGGUGUUCUCGUGCUUUAUAGUCCUAAGGAAGGUAGGGUUGAGAAGUUAAAUAUUGAUGGGAUCAACAUCAACCCUGCAUUUUAUGGGAUUGCUCAUAUUCCAAGCUUUGUUUCCCUCAAGGAUGUUGCCAAGGAGAAUGCUUGA